GAUUCCUGGCGGGGCUUGGAGCGUUUGCAGGGCUGGGGAGGUUGAAACUGCCGUAGCCAUGGCGAUGGGAUGCUGAGCGGGGUCCCAGCUGGCUGCCCGACCUUUGGAGGGCUGGGUAAUUGUGCAGUGCUUGCUCCGUUGUCCCCUGCCGAAACGGGGCAGAGGGGGCUGUGGGUGGCCGUGGCCACGCCGUAGGGGUAGGUAGCAGCCAGGAGGUGCAGGGCAGCUGGUGUGGGUGCGUGGUGCCAGGAGGAGCCGUGGUGCCAGUUCCGUCCGAGGUCACAGACCGGCGGUGGCACCACCGGACAGAGGGGCCGCAGCAGCUGCCGCAUGCACGCCGAAGCUCAAGGCCGGACUGCUGGCACCAUGCAGAGCCGCAGGGCAGACAUCAGCCAGCAGACCCAGGAGCUGCGCAACAUCAUCAUCUUGCAAGAGCAAGGGAGGAAGUCUUUCACGCAGUCGUCUGAGGAAAAGCUCAGCCAGAACAGAGAUCUGCUCCCCCAGCUGCGCGGGAUGGUGCAGGAGGACAUCCAUGCCCUGGGCAUUGCCCAGAAGCAUGACCAGCUCAUCAUCUCCAAGGCUUGCAGAGCAGAGAAGAACUUGGACAUUGUUUUGGCUGGCAAGACGGUGGAGGGUGCCCGGGAGAAGCUCCAGAGCAGCAUCUUCAAGCGGGUGAACGCCUGCAACGCGUUGCUGUAUGAGGUGAGGCAGCGCGGCCGGACCCAGGACGAGCUGCAGCAGCGGCUGCAGCAGCUGCUGGAUGUCAAAAUCGAUGACAAGCGGCUCCAGGAGCAGGUGCAGGUGAUUCGCCAGCUGGAGAACAGCAUUGAGAAGAUGCUCCUGAAAGUCCACACCGGGCAGAAGGUGACCCUGCUGUACCUGGCAGUGCGGGAUGUCCUCAAGAAGGAGCUGGCCUACCUGCCUCUGCAUCUGGACCUCCUGCACGGGAUGGCCGGGGUGUACCAUGGGGAGCUGGAGGACAUGGAGGUCAUGGCUUUGGAUGCCCUCAAAGCCAAUGACAUAACCAAGGAGGAGCUGGCCAAGUUGGAAACAGAGUUCCUCGCAGAGAGAGAGCUCAGGCACUGCUCCCUGGCUGCCCAAAAGGUGCAAAUCGACCGACUUUGGCUCAAGGAUGCAAGUGAAAAGCACUUGAGAGCGCAAGCCAGGUACGACCUGGCCGUGGACUUCCCCUCCCUGCUGCCACAGGACUCGCUGCUGGGCACCAAGCUGGAGGCCACCAAGUCCCAGAUCGAGCACGAGGCCCGGGUGACGUCAGAGGUGGAGAAGGCCAAGGCUGCGGUGCAGUGCUCCUGCCUCUGGGACAUCACGGGCAGGCUGCUGGCACAGCAGAAGUCCACGGCGGAGCUGGAGCAGCACAUCAGGGCGUGUGAGGAGAAGAAGCAGGUGCUGAAGGACAUGCUGAGGGACUUGGAGCUGAAGCAGGCAGAGCUGAAGUUUCGCCAGUCCCCAAGUGCCAUCAGCUGCAGGAGGCUGGAGGCAGAGCUGAGGACAAGCCUGCAACAGGAGGAGGCCCGGUUGGAGCAGGCACAAGCCCAGUCCCUGAGGAACCAGGAGCUCCUGCUCCUGUUUGAAAAUGGCAUCGACAACCUCUUUAUCCGCCUGUACGGCAUCGAUGUACCCGAGCAGGAUGUCUCCAUCGAGCUGAAGGGGGUGGAUGAGAAGCUGCAGUACUGCGAGCAGAAGCUGCAGCACCUGGUGCAGCGGGUGGUCUCCCUGCCUGUCCACAGCUACAGCCCUGACGAGGACAACGAGACUUUUGUGAAGGUCAGGAAUUUUCUGGAGAAAACAACCGCGAGAGAGCCGCAGAACCUGAAGAUUUCCUUGGAGGACAUAGGCUCUGUGGUCCAAGAUCCCUUUGAUUUUGCUGACAAAGACCACGGCCUGGUUCUCACCCGGGAGGACAUCAAGAAGCAAGGGCUGCACCUGAUCGAAAGCAAGAUGAAAAGUGGCAAGAGGAAGUAGUGGUUGCUCCCCCAGAGCUCCUGAUGCCUCAGACCACCCCCUGUGCCCUUUUCCCAGCAGGUUUAAUAGAGCAGAGCUUUUUCAUCCCUCCUAAGCCUGUGGUAAGGCUGGAAGGGGGGGGAUCUGGGAGGUGGUCUUGUCCCACUGCCCUCACCUGCUGCUCACCCUACAGAGCUGGGGACGAGCUGGGGACAUGCUGUGGUGGAAUAGUUUUCCCCCCUGGAGCAAAGCCAUGGGCAGGCUGGCUUUCUUCCCCCUUGAUCCUGUAGGGCCAGUUCCACUGUGGGGUCUCUGGUCAACCCCAGCCCCAAAAGGCUAUGCAGUGAGCCAAGGCCACACACUGGGACAAGAACAAACAGGUAGUGGCACCUAAGCAUGCAGGUGCCCAAGCAGGCAGCAGGACUUGAAGUCAUGCACUGAAGCAUAGAAGAAAGCUGCCUGUGACUGAUUUAAUCCCAUGGUGGCUCCUUGCAGGAGGUUGGAUGGUGACAUGGCAAUGAUGGAUGGGGACACGGCAGCUCAGGAGGGUUGGUACCACCUACAAGGAGUCCCAGAGUUGCAAGGCACCAGGUCACGCUUUUGGUCCCUUCAGGUUUUUUGGUGAGGUUCCAGAGUAGGAGCUGACCUACCCACUGGGUUAGAUUUAAUGGAAUUGCACUAGGCACAAGGCCACCCAGCAUGGACCUGGUUGCAUGACCUUCCCACUGUCCCAUGGCUCCGAGACAGUUGGGGGGGGAAGCGUAUGGGUGGUGGGGCAGCCUGGGUGGGCAUGGCACCUCUGGACAGGUGCAUGGGGAAGGAGGGACAGAUCCUGCCUCGAGAAGGAGGAACUAAACAUCAGAUGAAGUCCCCAGACUAGGGCUGUCCAACCUCUUCUUGCACCUCUUGUGCCUCUUCCCUCCCCUGUGGCCUAUGCACACAUCAUUCAGCCCCUGCUGACAGCCUUGAACUCCAGGCAUCAGCUCUGCGCUGCAGGGAGGUGCCUGGAGGUGACAUCGAACCCAGUGGGACCUGGAGAGCAGAGGAUGCCCUGCCAAGCCUGGUGGUGGGUUGUAGGCACCUGGCCCUACCAGGACACAUCAUCUUCUCUGCAAGCAAAGGCACACAUAAAACAAUGCUGCAAAUAGAUGGUGCUGUUUCCCCAAAUACAGCCAGCACCAAGGGCUUCUGGCAGGGACCUGUACUCCCUUCUGGUGACCCAGAAUCUGGUGACACCACAUUCCAGCCCACAGGGGGACAUCGGCACUGUCAUUUCCACGUGGUGUCUGCACUUGGUGCUGACAUCACUUGCGACUUCAUUGCUGUGCAGAAGGGAAGGGCUGUUUUUGCUGAGCCUCCCAGGGGAUGGGCAGGUCACACCAAGUGUUCUUGGUGGGUUUUGUGAGACUGCAGAUAUAGAGAAUAUAUUGCAAAAAGCACAGCCUAAUUUGUCUUUAAAAGGAAGCUCCAGAAAUAGCACAAUUUGCCAGUGAAGGCAUCUAAUGGAGCUUUUCAGAAUCAAUAGCCACAUAGGCACACUCUUCUGCAUAAUUACACCAGUCCCGUUCUCACAUGCCCACCACAGCCAGGGUGUGUGUUUUGGGGUCUGGACCAGAAAAUAGUCUGCAAUCAAGGGGCCGAGCAAGCAGCAGGGCUGGAUGGUGCUGGACCACUGAAACCACGUCCACGAUCUCCACACCCAGGGUCUGAAGAGCCUUAGCCAGGCCGUACUGGUGGGCUCUAUUCAAAUAGAGAAUUAGGAAGCCAAAUACUUGCCCAACAACCCCGACUUGAGCAGAAAACAUCUCUGCUUUUUGUGCAGGGCCCCGUCUCCAGAGCCCACCAGGCUGAUGUUGAGAUUGGUACACUCACACCCCACAACACUGGGGUGACGCAGCUGUAGUGGUGGCAUUGUUGAUGAGAAAUCACGGAAAAUCCACCCACCCAUGGGCUUUUGUGCAAAGCAUCUGUUCCUUCUCUCUUUCAAGGCCGUGUAAGUGGCUGCCCAGCAGUUUUAACUACAAUGGGGCUGCAGGAACCAACAGGAACUCCAGUGUUUGCUUUUACAAGAUCUAGCACAGCACAAGUAUGGAGCAUUAAUUCUGUCUCAGCUGGCUUAGAAGCUGCACCUCCAGGACGCAUCUGUUAGACAGCAGGCACCCCACUGCUCAAUAAACGUGAGCGGUUUGAAGCCAUUUGGUAAAAAUAACUUAAUCAGGUACUUCAGAAUUAUGCACAUAGCUGCUGGGGGUGCUUUCCUCUCAAGAAGCUCCUGAUAGCCUCACGUCCUUCUGAAGGAGCUCCCUUAAAAAGAGAGGCUUUUUAGAGCAUGGUGAUGGUGCUUUGUCCCUUGCACUCAGUCCUGAUGCACAAAGGAGCAGGAAAGGACACUGGAAAGCUCUGGAGAAGACCUCCCGUAGUCUGACACAUUUCCUCUCCCUCUUCUUCAGCCUCCAAAAGGUAUUUGGUGAGAGGCAGAGCCAGAUCACUCAGCUAGGCCAGGGCCUUCCUUCAGUUGAGUUCAGAGCUGAAGAAAAAGUUUCAAGCUCUUACUCUGGUUUUUCUAUUCUGGAUGUGAGAAAGAGAGAAACCACAAAACAUGUUGAACACUUCUUCAUUUUCUGGAGAACCGGGGCUGUGUCCCGCCCUGAGGAGUGCGAGGCGGUUCUGGGGCGCACUGGCUGCCUCCUGGGAGCAGAGUGACGGCACGCCAUGGCUUUGUGGCUACAGGGCUGCCGAAACCGCCAGGUCUGGAGAGGAACUUACAGAGGCAACCAGACUCAUCACGAGCAUUCAUUGGCUGUGUUCAGACGCAGCAUCCCAAACCUUUAUAACAGCCAAAAAACAAGGGGAAGGCAUUCUGUGCUGCGAGCCAGCAGCUCAUAGGCUCGCAGACAGACCUCAGUGCCACCAUGGAUGGAGCUGGACAUGGGCUGGGCACUGUUUGGACAGGUGGAUCCCAGCACCCCAAUUUUAAACCCCUUCUGCCGAAGCGAAGGUGCAAGAGGGAGUGGGAAGGAACCAGAGCAGCGGCUUGGCUCCUGGGUUCAAGAUCCGGAUGCCCUAGGGCACUGUCCCCACCCCACAGAGGCCGUGGGGCAGGAGAACCAUGCAGGGGUGCUCCCGGGGAGGGCAAUGUGCCCGCCUGGCCUCUGGGAGGGAAGGGCUGGUGCUGGCAGGGGGUCCAGCAGGCAUGGAGAUAGCACAGCCCUGGAAGGAGUGGAGAGAUUUCCUCUGCCGCCCAGAGAAACAUUUCCUCCCACCACAAUUAUUGCCAAAGGGCUGGAGAGCUCCAGCACGAUUGUCUGCAGGCGGUGCCAGCGCUGGUGAGGGACCUAAAAUAGGACAUCAGAGAAUGCACAUCAGAGAAUUCGCCGCACUAAAAUAUCUCUGCCCUGGAAACACUUGUGGGAAGGCUGGGUUUUGGGUGGAAUUGUUUUUUCUUUUAAGGAUGUGAUCAAAAUCAGAUGGAAUGAAGCAGAACCAAGGGUAGGCACAGGCUGGAACUGUUAUCAGAGCCUGAGCACUGGGGUUUUCCUGCUGAGCACACAAGCAAAGGGCCGGGGUGAGGGGCACCAGGCCAAGUCAGCUGGUUUGGGGCCACGAGAGGCUGCGCUGGCUGCCCUGGGCAGGGCCACCAGGGCAGGGCUGCUCAGGAGCUGCAGGAGGCAAGUUCCUGCAUCCAAAGGAACUCAAGCACUUCUCCCUUUCACUUUGAUAUUAUAAUGACUGACAUUUAUGCAGAUGACUUUUGAACUUUUUUGACUUUUUUGCCCCCUGAAUAGCGACGUGAUGGCUUCCCCCUGCAUCAGGUGUCAGUGGGGUCGCGGUGCACACUGCGGCUCCUGCUCCAUGGCACGGAGGCUCUGGCCCGUGGCCUCUCUUGCUCCUGGCUGGUGCUGCCUGGGGUAGCCCAAAGUGGCCCCAAAGAGCACGAUAAGAGGGGAGAGAUCAGUCUUGGCAGCACCAAGCAUGUGUCCAGGACACUUUCACCAUCCAGGAAGGAUUGCUCCGUUGUGCACCCCUCCCACAGCACCAAAGCCUCGUGCCCUACAGAGCAGGUUUGCAUCACCCAGGGCUUUGCUCCCAAAGACUCCUGUCUUUGGCACGGGCUGGGGUCUGGCACCGUUUGGGGCAGUAUUGGUGGGGAAUGUGCCAUACACUGUGACUCAGGUGGUCUGAAAACUGCAAGCAAGGAGGAAAGCGGCUGCCAGAACCUCAGCCCUGACCCCAUCAGCAUGGUUUCACCUUGGGACAGGAGUGGCUGGCGCACGCCCCAGCCCUGGCCAGGUUGAGGAUGACCAGAAGCAGCCAAAGGACCUGCAGCAGCUGAGGAACAGCAACAAGCAUCCAAAGGCAGAGCCUCUGCCUGGGCUUCUCCCCCAGCCAGACCACAGAGCUGAGUCCCACCUGUGAGGGAUUUGGGGAAAAGCCUACCCAAAGUCUCCCCUGCUGGUAGCUGUGGUCUUUGGGGUGCAGAUACAGGGGCAGGGGGAUCUGGAUGGCAAUGGAGCACGGCGGGGGACAGGGCUGGGAGCAGACCGGAGCGGGGACACCCAGCAAGGGUCCUCCAGGCACCAGGCAGAGGGGCUGGAGAUAAACCUGCUCCCUACCAGCUCAUCCAACCAGCUCCCGCUGAAGCCAAACUGGGAUUACUGGUCACGCGUGCUCAUAGGGGUGAUCCAGCCGCCAUGUGCCAGGGGGGUUGGGGGCAGAGCAGGCCGUGUGGGGCAGAUGCUCCCAGCUCAGGCCCCAGGGGUUCCCAGCAGUGCCCAGUGCCAGGAGCACCCACAGCAUGGUGUGACAGGGGGACGAGCCAGCACCGGGCACUGGUCCUUGUGUCCCAGGGGGCUUGGGCAGCUGGAGCUCUCCCACCCGCUGUCUGGGUGCCCUGUGUCUGUUUCAGCAGCAUGGGGGGUGGCAGAAAUCCCCCCAAAAUCCAUUCUGAUGGACCUUUCCAGGGAAGAAGAAGCCAGGAGUGAGAGGUCAUCCUCAUCAUCCUCAUGCCUCGCCUGCCCGCACGCGGCCCGUGGAAGUGAGACGUGGUUGCAGA